UUAUUGUUGACACAGUGAGGGAGACGGGUGUGAAAGAUGGCGGCGUCCCGUCGCUCCUCUCAGCAUCACGGAGCGCUGCCGUCUCCUCCGCGUGGCGUCCUGCUCGGCUCCCCGCCGCCGGAGACUCCGUCGGUCACCCCGGAUUCGGCGGUUGGGAGUCCGGUGGAGAGUGGCGGCGCGGCGGCGGCGGCGGAGGUGGCGGAGGCGGCGGUGGUUCCCGCGGCCUCUCCCGGCCGCCCCGCUCCGGCUCUGGGCGCUCAGGGCGCCGGCGCUGCGGGGGAGGAGAGCUGCGGAGCCGGGGGAGCGUUCCGAGAGCUGUUCGAGGCCUGCCGGAACGGAGACGUGUCCCGGGUCAAGCGCCUGGUGGACUCGGUCAAUGUGAACGCUAAGGACGUGUCCGGCAGGAAGUCCACUCCGCUCCACUUCGCCGCAGGUUUUGGCCGUAAGGACGUGGUGGAACAUCUCCUGCGUACAGGAGCGAAUGUCCAUGCUCGUGACGAUGGCGGUCUCAUUCCGCUCCACAACGCGUGCUCGUUCGGUCACGCUGAGGUGGUCAGUGUGUUACUGUGUCAGGGGGCUGACCCCAACGCACGCGACAACUGGAACUACACACCACUGCACGAGGCGGCCAUCAAGGGCAAGAUAGACGUGUGUAUCGUCCUCCUCCAGCAUGGUGCUGACCCCAACAUCAGAAAUACUGACGGAAAAUCCGCUCUGGACCUAGCAGACCCUUCAGCCAAGACUGUGCUGACUGGUGAGUAUAAGAAGGAUGAGCUGUUGGAGGCUGCCAGGAGUGGAAAUGAAGAUAAGCUGAUGGCUCUUCUCACACCACUCAAUGUCAACUGUCAUGCCAGCGAUGGACGCAAGUCAACUUCCCAAAAAAUGCUGUCUACUCCACUGCACCUGGCCGCAGGUUAUAACCGCGUGCGCAUCGUCCAGCUGCUGCUGCAGUAUGGAGCAGACGUCCAUGCCAAGGACAAGGGUGGUCUGGUUCCUCUCCAUAAUGCCUGUUCAUAUGGUCACUAUGAGGUCACUGAGCUGCUGCUGAAGCACGGUGCGUGUGUGAACGCCAUGGACCUGUGGCAGUUCACCCCCCUGCACGAGGCGGCCAGUAAGAACCGAGGCGAGGUGUGUUCACUGCUGCUGAGUCACGGAGCCGAUCCCACUGUCCUCAACUGUCACGGCAAGAGCGCCAUCGAGCUCGCACACACACCUGAGCUCCGCGACAGACUCGCCUACGAGUUCAAAGGUCACUCACUGCUCCAGGCUGCCCGUGAAGCCGAUAUGGCAAAGGUGAAAAAGGUUCCACCGGAUAUCAUCAACUUCAAACACCCGCACUCUCAGGACACUGCACUGCACUGUGCUGUGGCAUCUCCUCAUCCCAAACGCAAACAGGUAACAGAGCUGCUGCUGCGCAAAGGAGCCAACAUCCAUGAGAAGAACAAAGAUUUCAUGACUGCGUUCCACAUGGCUGCAGAACGCGCUCAUAAUGAUGUGCUGGAGGUUCUGCAGAAACAUGGAGCAAAGGUGAAUGCAGUGGACACUCUGGGUCAGACCGCCCUGCACAGAGCCGCUCUGGCCGGUCACAUUCAGACCUGCAGGCUGUUGCUUGGCUACGGCGCUGACCCGUCAAUCAUCUCCCUCCAGGGGUUCACGGCUGCUCAGAUGGGCAACGAGGCCGUGCAGCAAAUACUCAGUGAGAACAUUCCUACACGAAACUCUGAUGCAGACUAUCGCUUCCUCGAGGCAGCCAAAGCAGGAGACCUCGACACGGUGAAGCAACUGUGCUCUCCUCAGAAUGUGAACUGUCGUGAUCUGGAAGGACGUCACUCCACUCCACUGCACUUUGCUGCUGGUUAUAACCGCGUGGCUGUGGUGGAGUAUUUACUGCAUCAUGGAGCUGACGUACACGCCAAGGACAAAGGGGGUCUGGUUCCUCUCCAUAAUGCCUGCUCAUACGGUCACUAUGAAGUAGCCGAGCUGUUAGUGCGUCAUGGAGCGUCGGUGAACGUAGCUGACCUGUGGAAGUUCACUCCACUGCAUGAAGCUGCAGCCAAGGGGAAAUACGAGAUCUGUAAACUGCUGCUCAAGCAUGGUGCUGACCCAUCAAAGAAGAACCGUGACGGUAAUGUGGCUCUGGACAUGGUGAAGGACGGAGAUACGGACAUCCAGGACCUCCUGCGCGGAGACGCCGCCCUGCUGGAUGCUGCGAAGAAGGGCUGCCUCGCCCGUGUCCAGAAACUGUGCACCAGCGAUAACAUCAACUGUAGAGACACACAGGGGAGGAACUCUACACCCUUACACCUCGCAGCUGGCUAUAAUAACCUGGAGGUAGCAGAGUACUUGUUGGAGCAUGGUGCAGAUGUUAACGCACAGGACAAAGGAGGUCUGAUCCCACUGCACAAUGCUGCCUCCUACGGGCAUGUGGACAUUGCGGCUCUGCUGAUCAAGUUCAACACGUGUGUGAAUGCGACAGAUAAGUGGGCGUUCACGCCGCUGCACGAGGCCGCUCAGAAAGGAAGGACACAGCUGUGUGCACUGCUGCUGGCCCACGGUGCCGAUCCUACCAUGAAGAACCAGGAGGGUCAGACUGCACUGGACUUAGCCACGGCGGAUGAUAUCCGUGCUCUGCUGAUGGAUGCCAUGCCUCCUGACUCUCUGCCCAGUUGUCUGAAACCUCAGGCCACGGUGCUGAGCACCAGUCUGAUCUCCCCCGCCUCCAGCAUCGACAACCUGAGUGAUGGGGCCACAGGGGGGGCCGAUGGGGCCACAGGGGGCGAACGCAAAGAAGGAGAGGUUGCUGUGCUGGAUAUGAACAUCACUCAGUUCCUGAAGAGUCUGGGCCUGGAACACCUCCGAGAUAUAUUUGAGCGUGAACAGAUCACUCUGGAUGUAUUGGCUGAUAUGGGACAUGAGGAGCUGAAGGAGAUCGGAAUAAAUGCCUACGGACACAGACACAAACUAAUCAAGGGCAUCGAGAGGCUGCUAGGGGGUCAGCAGGGUGCGAAUCCGUACCUAGCCUUCCACUGCACAUCACAGGGCACCCUGCUCAUCGACCUGCCUCCGGACGACAAGGAGUACCAGUCUGUGGAGGAGGAGAUGCAGAGCACGAUCCGUGAGCACAGAGACGGAGGAAACGCUGGAGGAGUUUUCAACAGAUACAUCAUCAUCAAGAUCCAGAAGGUGGUGAAUAAGAAGCUGCGUGAGCGUUACACACACCGUCAGAAGGAGAUCUCUGAUGAGAAUCAUAACCACCAGAACGAGCGCAUGCUGUUCCAUGGUUCUCCGUUCAUUAACGCCAUUAUCCAUAAAGGCUUUGAUGAGCGCCACGCCUACAUCGGCGGCAUGUUCGGGGCCGGAAUCUACUUUGCGGAAAACUCCUCCAAAAGUAACCAGUAUGUUUACGGAAUCGGAGGCGGGACGGGAUGCCCCACCCACAAAGACCGCUCCUGUUACGUCUGCCACAGGCAGAUGCUGUUCUGCAGGGUGACACUGGGGAAGUCGUUCCUGCAGUUCAGUGCGAUGAAGAUGGCUCAUGCUCCUCCUGCUCAUCACUCAGUGAUCGGGAGACCCAGUGUGAACGGCCUGGCCUACGCCGAGUACGUCAUCUACAGGGGAGAGCAGGCGUAUCCAGAGUAUCUCAUCACCUACCAGAUCGCAAAACCAGAGAGCAACACGCAGAACAGCAUAGGAGCACAACAGAAAUCAUAGUCUCUCUCCCACACCUCCCUCCCUCUCUCUCUCUCUCUCUCUCUCUCUCUCUCUCUCUCUCUCUCCCUCCCUCUCUCUCUCUCUCUCUCUCUCUCUCCCACACCUCCCUCCCUCUCUGUCUCUCUCUCCCUCUCUCUCUCUCCCUCUCUCUCUCUCUCUCUCUCUCUCUCUCCCUCUCUCUCUCUCUCUCUCUCCCUC